GGAGUAAGGUUGUGUCAAUAACGUCUCUUUGGUGUCACGUGGUGUCAGUGCUUGCGUUCAUUGAUGUGUUCAAAAGACAAUAGCCUCGGAAAGGUCAAUUGAUAUAAUAUAGUGGAAGAAGUUUUUAAACUCCAGGAAGUAUAUUUUCCGUCACUUCUAGACUGACAAGAGAGAGCAAAGCCCAUGAUGGAGUCUGCAGUAGCUCAGUGUUGCAUUCUACUCUUCAUGAUAUCUACCAGUUGUUCGUUAUUCUGCGACUUCGAAACUGAUUUUUGUAACUUUGAGGUGGACACAGACAAUGAUUACGCUCGAUUUUUACGUUGGUCGAAGAGCACCGGUAGAUACGUUUCGUACAUUCCUCUAACAGAUCACACUUACGGAAAUAGCACAGGCAGAUAUGCGUUCAUGAAAACAAGGUAUUCAGUUAAAGACGGUCAUUUGCGGUCUCCUGUCUUGACCAACAAAAACUACAAAUGUAUAUCAUUUUAUUACCAAGUGACCGGGCAACCUAACGAGGUUGAGCUAUCUAUUUUGGCUUUAUACAAUGACACCGACACAGGCAGUCCAAUCUGGUCACUGAAGGGAGGCAGAGGGAGAGUGUGGAGGAAGGUGGAGGUCUCUAUACCCAAAGGAGUUUACAAAGUAGGUUGUAUGUCUGGUUAUCUCAUAAAUUCAAUCGUUGGAAUUUGA